AUGCCAGGCAAUUGGAGUGAUUUAAGAUGGAGGUUUAUUUGCCUGCAAUACAGGGAAAAACACGAAGCCAAGCAGGUAAACCCUCACUCCUCUCUGUCCCCGGCUGCAGAGGUUGAGACGCUGAGCUUGCCUGGAUCCAAAAGGUCUACCAGGAAGCCGAGAUGGGAAUAAAGGAAAUGCUCAACUUGGCCCGGGUGCCCUCCAUCCUCAUGCUCGGGGUGGUUUACGUGGCCUAUGUGCUGAUCGGCGGAGUGGUUUUCUGGAAGUUGGAGGGAGAUCUUGGACAGAAGGACAUCAGUCUUUUACUGCUGAACAAAGAACAGGUGCUCAACACAUACAAAUGUCUGAACCAAGAAGGCCUGGAGUCAGUGGCUCAGGUUGUUCAAGCUGCAUCUAAGGUGGGCCUAAGUUUGAAAGACAACAAUACUUCGGACGGCUUCUGGAAAUUCACCAGCUCAGCUGUGUUUGCUGCCACCGUGGUCACAACUAUAGGUUAUGGGAAUAUAAGUCCCAGGUCUACUGCUGGCCAGAUCUUCUGUGUGUUCUUCGCACUAUUUGGUAUCCCGCUCAACAUGGUGGUGCUCAACAGAGUGGGCAAGUACAUGCUUGUUAUUGAGAGGAACAUCUCCGACUUCCUCGAGGGGAAGACCGGGCGAAGGAAGUGUACCCGCUUUUUUGUCCACCUGGUGUCUUACCUGUCUGGAGCAGUGCUCUUCUUUGUUGUGCCCAUGAUUGUGUUCCAACUACAAGAGGGCUGGACCUUGUCCCAGGCCAUCUACUACUGCUUCAUCACCCUCAGUACUAUCGGCUUUGGAGACUUCGUGGCAGACAGUAAUCCCGACAAAGUAUACCCACAGUGGUACAGCGUCCUCAUGGCCUCGUGGAUCUUCUUCGGCCUGGCCUGGCUGGCCCUCCUCAUCAACCACUCCAUGGACAUCCUGGAGCGGCUCAACGCCCACUUAAAACAGCUCUGGGGUGGACGGAGGCAGGAGGAAGCGCCUGGCAGUGGAGAGGUUGACAACCCAGACACACAGGUGGAGGAGGAAGAUGAGAUCAAGAAGCCUCCAGUAACUCAGGAAACUGAAGUAAUGUGAAGAUAUCAGCGAGCUGACCUAGUUAUAGAGUGAUCUGUCUGUCAACAAGGACAUGGAGUGUGGAGAUGUGUGUGUGUGUGUGUGUGUGUGUGUGUGUGUGUGUGUGUGUGUGUGUGUGUGUGUGUGUGUGUGUGUGUGUGUGUGUGUGUGUGUAAUAAGACUGCAAAUGUUGAGAGUCUGUGAUGAUUUAUUAUGUGACCGAACAGUGGUUUUAUUCCUUUCUGCCCUGAAAUAUUGACAAUUUUUUUGUUGAGUCACAUUUGUUAGUUUGACGACAUGCACCAUCUACAUGCUGUUUUGUCUGUUAGCACUCUUCACUCCUGUGAUGGUUAAUCUAAUUUGUUGAAAAACAAAUUUAUAAAUUCUGGAAAAGAUACUGGGUCAACACUCUGCCCCAUGUAUCUAUCUAUCUAUGGGUUAGUGGUCAGUAGAAAACGGCAGUCAGUCAGUCUGUGGCUCUGUGGCCUCUCAGUGUGUUGCUAACCACACUGACCACAAACCAACCAGGGGCAUUUUGCAUUCACUGGCUGAGCCACAGUCAACUGAAAAUACAUGUGAUUUGCUUUGCAUAUUAAAAUGUACUUAAAUGACAUUGAAGCCAUUAAGCUGUCUCUUGGUUUACUGUACCGUGACGAGAUGUAUUAUCAAUGUAUUUUAAUGCAAGCUAAUUGGGCUAAACAUUCUUUUAUAUAUAUAUAUAAUUUUAGAUAAGCCAAGUUUAUUUAUGUUGCACAUUUACUUUUAUUUCCUUCCAUUUCAAAAUAAUAUGAAAUUGUAAAAAAUAAGAUAGUAAUAUGAAAUCAGUUGUAGACGACACUCAACACAAUAAUAACAUGC